AUGGGGCGUGGUCAAGAUGAGCUACUCCCGAGAGACUGCGAGCACUGCGGUUCUUUUUCAAAACAAAGACUGGGCUUUCAACGCAUGCGCACUGAGGAUGAUUUUGAUGACUUCAUGCUGAGUAAUAAUGAUGUUAUGCUCAGAAGUAUUGCUGAAGAUCUUAGAAAAUGCUUACCCAUUGAAGGAAUGCUGAAUUCAGAACAUCUUGCUAUUCAGAGGAUGCAUCAGCAUCCAGAGCCUAUGAUUCAUGUUGAUGCAUUCCUUUAUGAUGACGACUUUGUUGAUUCAUUGUGUGAGGAAGGAAAAAUGAGUAGAAAUUAUUGUGUGGCGUGUGGAUCACAUAAGACUGCACCUUUAGAGUUUAUUUCUCAUUCCUUUUCCCUCAUGGAGCUGAAGUUUCUUUAUCAACAUGUAUUGCCUGACCUGACAGGAAAGGCUCUGGUUGAUGUUGGCUCCAGGCUCGGUGCAGUGCUGUUCGCGGGCUGUCUUUACAGCUCAGCAUUCCAGUUAUAUGGAGUGGAAAUGAAUGCAGACUUUUGCCACUUGCAAGAAAUGAUGAUCACAAAAUACCAGUUCAGUGACAGAGUAAAGGUGAUCCAUGCAGACAUCUGUACUCAGGCUUUACUUCUUCAAAAUGCUGAUGUAGUUGUAAUGAAUAAUGUUUUUGAAUAUUUUCUUGGCAGCCUGGAGCAAGCCAGAGCCUGGGAAUUUAUUAGUCAAAAUGUACGGAAGAAAGGGUUGUUAUUAGUGACAGUCCCAAGCCUUGAAGAAUCUCUCUCAACCCUGCAGAUGGACAUACAGCUCAGUCAGUGGGUAGAAGAGGUGCAGCUGGACUAUGAUGUGUACAUGGACAAGGACAUUGAUAGAGAAGCACUUCAACAAAUUCAUUUAUAUAAGAUUGUCUAAUGUGCCAACCUGUUUACUUGUAACAGUGUAAAUUAGGUAGUUGCUUGGUCAACACAGAACUCAUUGCUUUCAAUGGAAUUUGUGUGGCAGGAUGAGGAUUGAUCCCUAUAUCCAGGAAAUAUUGCAAAAAAAAAUCUUAUAGUUUAUUUUAGAAACUACAUGUUGUUAGUAAUGAAAAAAAUAAUGAAAAUGUGCUUUUGAGGGCAUAUUUUGAGAUGGAGAAAAUUUCUUUAAGAAAUUUUCUCCAUGUCGGAAUACCACAUUGAAUUUUAGCUAACAGGUCUGCCUGUGCCUGUUUUGGACAUAAGUAUUUGGAAGAAUGACUGACUGCAUCCUGACAACCAGGGAAUCCAUCUUGUGCACUGUUCAUUACGGUUAAAGUUAAAUACAAGCAUUUCAAAUGGAAAAUAAUGAACCAGUAUUAAUAGUGAGCCAGUAUUAAUUGUGAAUGUGAACGUUAUUUAAUACAACUUCAUUUUAAAGCUAUAUUAUAUUGCAGUGGUGUUGUUUUCUUUGAUAUCAGCAACUUUACCUUAUUGACUUUAAUUUUGUACCUAUGAAUUGUUUUCCUCAAGGAAUGCAUAGUAACUACAGAACCAUAUAUAUCCAUGUAGAGAGAAAAUGCUGUCCUGGUCUAUGGCAUUUUUGUGGUAAUGGUGAUCUUCCCCGUUUGCUGAAUUGUCCUUACAGUUGGCUAUUGAUGUAGGAUACUUAGCUAUACAUAGAGAAUUAUUCAGAUGUAUUGGUUUAACUGUAAAACAGUGGUUUUCAGACUUGAAGCACCAUUCAGUAGAUUUGAGGUACCCUCAGAAGGUGCCAGCUUCUAAUUUUCACUCAUUUUUUACUACUAAUUUUCAUUCAUUUUUUACUAUAGAAUAAGAAGUAGUUC